UUCGAUGAAAAUUAUUGGUAAAAACUUCCCCGUUCGUUGGAAGUUGGUGAAUAGGUAACGAUGGCCGAAACAACAAAACAGAGUGACGAGCAUGGAACUACGAAAUCAGACCGAUUUCCGAAACAACCCGGCUUUAACCUAGGAGACGUGGUCACUGACGCCGCUAAAGUGUUGACCGAUGAAGAAAAAGCACAGUUGGUCGAACAGAACAAGCGUAUGGUGACGCCCUUUCAAGCCCUUAAGCUCGAGCAGGAUGCUCGUAAACACUGGGAUUUAUUUUACAAGAGAAAUGAGAACCGGUUCUUUAAAGACCGACACUGGACGACGCGAGAGUUCAGCGAACUCUUGUCCUCGUCUGGAGCCGAAUUUUCGGACGGCAAACCUCAGGAAAUGGCAGAAGACGAGAGUAACAGCAUUAAAACGUUGCUAGAAAUCGGAUGUGGCGUGGGAAAUCUGAUUUUUCCCUUGAUAGAAGAUGGUCACCGCGAUUACUUCAUUUAUGCUUGUGAUCUAUCGCCACGUGCUGUCGAAUUGGUGCUUCAGCAUAAUCUCUACGAUGAGCGCUACAUGAAAGCAUUCCCAUGCGACAUCACCACGGAGGAAGUGUUCUCAACUCUAAACGAAAAUCAGCUCGAUAUUGUCACGUUGAUUUUCGUGCUGUCCGCUAUACAUCCCGAUAAGUUUCUUCCAACUGUAGCCAACAUAUAUCGGUUGUUGAAACCGGGGGGAGUUGUGCUAUUCCGCGACUACGGUCUGUACGACAUGGCACAGUUACGGUUCAAACCAGGUCAUAAAAUAGCUGAAAACUUCUACAUGCGUCAAGAUGGCACCAGGAGCUAUUACUUUGCCGAACAUGAAGUAUCGGAUUUGUUCCGUGAGGCUGGAUUUACGAUAGAAGCAAACAGCUAUAUCCAUCGAAGAACGGUUAAUCCGAAGCUGAACAUAGAUGUGCCAAGAAUUUUCGUUCAGGGUAAAUUCAAGAAACCGGCACUACCGUGAAGUUUCAAGUCUUAAAUAAUAGUGCUGUAUUCGGAUCUCGACUGAACCUCUUCCCUGUACGCAGGACUGACUGUCCAGCUACGUGAAAAUUUCAAGUCAUCGGCAGAAUGUUUUAUCUUACCAAGACGAACCUUAACCGUACACCGGUUGUUGAGCGAUUUUCAUAAUCGCUUCACACAUCGCGAUCAACCUAUUGGAAAAAGCGUCGACUACAAUGUGCAACUAGUUUCAAAUAUUUGAAAUGGAAUCCAUUUUACGAUACUGGCAAUGUCUACAAAGUUAGCUGGGCUCCAUUAAAUGGAUGUCAAAAGAUGUUUCUGCAUUGAAGCGAAUCAAUGAACUAUUUUGAAUGAUGCUAAAAGAUGUUGCUGCACUGAGGCAAAUCUAUGAACUACUUCAAAUGAAAUCCCUGUUAUUCCAAAGGUCCAUGGAUCCAAAGACAACAAUUGGUUAGUCUUUAAAGAAGUCCGAGGCUAUAAAACCCACUUGAAUAUUACUGAGGAUGCAACAUUAUACAGAAUGGGUUUCUGAUGGAUGAACGUAAUCAUUAAAAGAUGUUUGGCGACAAAAGUGUAUCAAGUGUUGGAUAGGGAUUCGGCGGCACGGGUACGGAUCAGCGAGACUCAAAAUCACCCUUACCUGCGACGAUAAUAUUCUUUUAUCUAGUAUUGUCUCUAAAAGAUUUCCAUAAAAAUAUCGUCGUUCGAAAUCAAAGA